GGAAGCUGUAUUGUGCCUCUCUAUAUUGAUGUGUUGAAUUUGAAGCUUCAGAGGGUAAAACCUUUUUCUUCUUCUUUUUUUAACCACUAAAUUAGUUCCGGCAGUUUUUUUUUUUUUUUACAUAACUCAACUUUUCAUCGAAGUUGAAGUUUAACGAAAAAUGUUGAAUUUUAAACCUCGCGGAUGCUUUUUGGUCGGCCCGCACACCGGAAAAACAGGAGGUUAAAGGUCACACAAACCCGGAACAUCAACAAAGCAAGAAAGGCGGAAGCAGGUGGACCCCGUCUGUCUCCCCGGCUCAGUUCUCCGGUCCCCGCCGACAUGUUCUCCGUGUUUCACCCCGCUGGAGGUGUGCUGCUGGCCAGUCUGGGUCUGCUCGUGCCCCGCCUGUCCUUCGCCUCCCUGUCGGUCCCGGACAUCCCGCACAUCGCCGGGUACUUCGGCACCAAGACCCGGUACGAGGAGGUGAACCCGCACCUGCUGCGGGACCCUCUGUCCGCGGACCCUUCGGUCCUGAGACCGCCCCCGGCCGAGCAAUGCUCCCCGGUCCACCUCACCGCCGUCAUCCGACACGGCAGCCGCUACCCGACCCUUAAGAACAUCCGCAGGAUCCGGAAACUGAGCGAGCUGGUCCGGACCGAAGCUUCCAGGGCCUCCGGCGGAUCUGAGAGCUGGCUGCAGGAGAUCCGGAACCGCUGGGAGGCGUGGUACACCGAGGACAUGGACGGUCAGCUGGUGAUGAAGGGCCGGGAUGACCUGCGUCAGCUGGCGAGCCGCCUGGCGUCUGUGUUCCCAUCUCUGCUGUCCGAGGAGAGUGUGAGGAAGAGGAGGGUGCGCUUCCUGACCAGCUCGAAGCAUCGCUGCGUGAGCAGCGUGGAGGCGUUUCAGGAGGGGCUGCAGCGCCGCUGGGGAUGCCACGAUGGCGAGCCGGAGUACAGCCACGAGGUGGACGAUGAGUUGAUGCGUUUCUUUGACCGUUGCCGUGGUUAUGUGGAGGGCGUGGAGAACAACCGCACGGCGCUGCUGGAGGUGGAGAAGUUCAAACAUGGCGAGGAGAUGGAGGGAGUGAGGAGGAGGAUGGCCGACAGGCUGGGCCUUCCUCACCACCGACUCACACCAGAUCUGCUGGAGGCGGCGUUCUUCUUGUGCUCGUACGAGCUCUCCAUCAAAAACGUGCACUCGCCGUGGUGCUUCCUGUUUGACGAGAGCGACGCAAAGGUGUUGGAGUACAAGUCGGACUUGAAGCAGUACUGGAAGCGUUCGCACGGCCACGAGAUCAACAGCCUGUCCAGCUGCCCGCUCUUCCAUCACGUCUUCAGGACGCUGGACAGAGCCGGUCGUCCUCGCAGGUCCACUGACGCGUCCCCAGAGCCCGCCUCCAUCUUGGUGGGUCAUGCUGAGACGCUCCUCCCCCUCCUCUCUCUGCUGGGACUCUACAAGGACCAAACUCCACCCACUGCCACCAACUACGACUCACAGCAUGGUCGCCGUUUCCGGACCAGUCUCAUCGUGCCAUACGCCGCCAACCUGCUGUUCGUGCUGUACGACUGCCAGCGAGGCCCACGGCUGCAGCUACUUGUCAAUGAGUCGCCAGUUCGAUUCCCCGGGCUGGAGGCGGAGGAUGCGCCGCUGUACCGUGACGUCCGGGCAACGUACCGCCACCUGCUGGACGGCUGCGACUUCCAUAGAGAGUGCGAGGGGAGGGCGGUGGGCCGAGCGCCCAACACGGAGCUCUGAGAGGGACAGAGGACUGUAAGCCUAACACACCUGCUAACCUGGGGGCAUGGAGCCCCACCCCCUGACAACAAGCGUCCAGUCACGCACUAGAAUUUUUCCCAGUUCAGACGUUUGAAGCAGGAGAAAGACGUCAUGUAACUCAUGAAGAUGUCUGGACCUGAGCUCUGAUUGGCCAGCUUCUUCCUUUCGUUCGCUCAAAGUCUGACUUAGGGAGUCUGACACAGACUGUAGAUAAACGAUGGACACGGUUCCGUCAGCCUGCAGUCCUUCCAAUGACCAG